AUGGCCAAUCAGAGUGAUAUCCUUGGAUUAGUUGCUCAUUUUCUUAAAGAAAACAACUAUACACAAACGCUACAUCAGCUUGAAUUGGAACACGGCAAGCCCAUACAGCCACAAUUGUUAAACUCUGAAUCACUAUCACAAAUAAUCAAUGACAGACUACAAUUUUCCUCGUUAGCUAAUAAGCCCAAUGAGGAGGCUAUAGAUGUUAAUGACGAACUUCCAUUGAGGUUGAAGGAUAUUAUCCGUGAACGGUUUGUUAACUGGAGUCUGCGAUAUCCUCAAAAUCCAGUCGAUUUAAAUAUUCAUUCUUUGGUGAUAUCCAGUGUUUAUGACAAGGAUAAGGAGAGUGUUUAUUUUUCGACAAACGAUGCACAAGUUUUGAUCAGACGUGGUGGCAACUUGAAACUGGUUAGGUUCCACGAGAUUAUUAAAAAAGUGUUGAUUGUUGGAAAAUAUGUUGCCUUGUUGGGCAUGAGUGGCAAGCUUUACUUGAGAAAUGGUGAUUUGGAUGAGGUUGGUAGUAUUGAUACUCAAUCCAGAUUUACAGUUGAUGCUAAGCAUGUUUCAUUUAGAGGAACAGACUAUCUUGUAAUUCUCACUUGGAAUCAUAUGCUUAAGCUUGUGAAACUUGUGAAUGGCGAAUUCUCCUUAGUAUCAGAAACAAAGUUGGAUCAACAAGGGACUUGCUUCGAUAUCACCACGUACAAUGACGAGAUAGUUGUUAUAUUAGGCAAACUUGAAAACACCUUGCUUGAUGUGUUUAUUGUGCAAAAGGAACAAUUUAUCCCAAAAUACAAGAUAUCAAUCAACGAUGCCGAGUUUACCACGUCAAGUUUUUCCCCAAGAUAUGUCACAAUAUCCCAACGACCAGGUAAUGACAUACCUCUAAUUGCAGUUGCAACUUCCCACGAGCCAUACAUGAGAGUUAUUAUAGUUUCACUCAUUGAUUUCGAUUCCCCACCUUCGUCAUCCAUAGCUCGAAACCAAAUAAUCAAAAACUUAAACACUUUAUCACCGCAAGAUAAAUUCUCACAGCCAUUGAUAUCAUGGAAGUUGGACACGAAUCAGGAGAAACAAUCGGGCAUUUGGGUCAUGGGUGAAGAUGGUAUCAUACGAGGUUUAGACAUUGUUGACGAUGGCGUAGUUGUUGAAUUGAGCCAAGUCGAUGGCAAGGGACACAAGACAAAGAUCAAAGAUUUUACUUCCUUUAUCAACGAGAAUGGAAAUGAAGUUUUAAUAACUAGUGGUAUUGAUCGACAAACAUUCGAAUGGAGGUAG